UUGAAAUUUCUAAAACUUCAGAUCUCCAUCAAAUUCACGAACGUGUCCGACGGUGAUGUCGUUCUCAUUGACGACCUCUCCGCUAAAUUCACCGAGUGUCCGAUAGUUCGUGAAGCUCCAAUUGACAGUGCACAGCGAAUCUCCAAAAGUGCACCGAAACUGGUCGAGAUUCCGUAUGCAGUGGACAAGCCUACAUCAAUCGUGACCAAUUUGGGAACGUCGAUCAAGAAACCACUGGAAAAACAUCGUGGUGGUGGAGAGAGUAAGGACCUUGGAUUGCACGACAGAAACGCGCUGAAAAGAAGACUCUGCAGGGAAGGUGACUGCAUGACAAUCGUCCAUCGCUCGGUGCCGUUAUCAUACGACCAGCUCUGCAUCGGACGAUUGGGACUGCUACAGUGUCGCGAGAAAUGUCUUCACGAUGGCGCUGAAGGGAAAUCUGCUCGUUGCGUUCGUCAGCAUGACUAUCCAUUCAACAAACGAUGCCUGUGCCAGUUGAGACGAUCGCCAGUUCAUCGGGUUGACGGUGGAAAUCGGCGCUCAGAAAGACGUCGCAAGCAGGAGAAGCUACCCGGACAGCACAGUAAGACGGCACGCCUAAUCGAUACAACGGUGCCUUGGAACGAAAGCACUUGGUGGAAGAGGAAAUCACACUCGAAAUGA